CCUCAAGGAGUACAAGGGCCAAAGGGAGAGCCAGGAUCUCCAGGAAUCCCAGGAGCUGAUGGAGAGCAGGGACUCAAAGGCUCAAAGGGAGACAUGGGGGACCCAGGUAUGCCAGGUGAAAAAGGAGGAAUUGGACUUCCUGGAUUACCGGGUGCCAAUGGAAUCAAAGGAGAGAAAGGAGACUCCGGGCUGCCGGGUCCUCAGGGUCCUUCCAUCAUAGGCCCACCAGGCCCACCAGGUCCCCAUGGCCCACCAGGCCCCAUGGGACCCCAUGGACUUCCUGGACCAAAGGGUGAACCAGGGUUAAAUGGUGUUAAAGGAUUGAAGGGUGAACCAGGUCAAAAGGGUGACAGAGGACCCCUUGGUCUUCCAGGAGCAUCUGGCUUAGACGGAAAGCCAGGAUCCCGGGGUACAGAUGGCCCUAUGGGACCCCAUGGCCCUGCAGGUCCCAAAGGAGAAAGAGGUGAAAAAGGAGCUAUGGGAGAGCCUGGACCCAGAGGGCCUUACGGUCUUCCUGGGAAAGAUGGAGAGCCUGGUCUUGAUGGCUUCCCUGGUCCACGAGGCGAGAAGGGUGAUCUGGGAGAAAAGGGAGAAAAGGGAUUCCGUGGCGUUAAGGGGGAAAAAGGGGAACCAGGCCAGCCUGGCCUGGAUGGGCUGGAUGCCCCUUGCCAAUUGGGGCCAGAUGGAUUACCCAUGCCUGGCUGUUGGCAAAAGUGAUGAAUCUAACCUUCUGAGCAUGAAGUUGUGUAUAUAAUGGUCCACUUUUUAUAUUUAUAGUUGAAAACCGAAUUGCAGAUUUUACAAGUCUGAGAUAUGUUUACAUAUAGCUGCUUCUUCCUGUUUGCAGUAGAACAUAUGUCCAUCUUUUCUUCACUUACAUCUGAAAUUGGGCAAUAUGUGAAACCAGUGAGGAGCCUGCAAAAAAUAUAGAUCAGUGUCUCUUUAUCUUAAGUGAAGAUGUGUAUUGAUAAGGACGUAUCAGCGAUAGAGAAUGAUUGUUCUUGCUAUUUUCUUACUUUAGGCUUGUUAAUUGCAUGGACAAAAAGUGCCAUGAAGUAGUUUACAUGAAAUUGUGACCAAAUACGGACUCAAAACCAUGAAAAUGUACUCGCUUGCCUGACUGAUUUAGAGUCUGUCAUCACAUCCCUACUCACCUUCACUGUUAGCAUUGAUUGACACCCACACCACCCACUGAAACUGACUAAAAAGCAUGCCGUGUGCCAUACUGGCUCCUGGUUGUACACCUUGAGAUGCUAGCAUGCUGCUUGAUGAGUCCUUUGAUCACAUCUGAGCUUUUAUUUCUUUUGUCAUCUCAAGGGGGUGACACCAUGGCUGAUUGCCAAAAAGAGAUAAGGUGAUGGAGAGCACACACUCAAAUGGUCUUGUAUUUUGAGGGAGUUGCAGUCCCUGACUGCAGAUCUGAGCUCCCAGUCUUGUGGCUCACGGGGCCACCUUGGUUGAAACAUCAAGGGGCUGAGCUGGUUGCCGGCGCCAGUUUUCCUUGGGCUGCCCUUGGCAGUGAAGACAAAGGAAGAGGACCAGGUCAGCAUCCUGCGCUGUCUCUCGUGUGACCAAGUAGGAAAGAGAUUUAUGACCACAGGCACCCAGAACAGCAGACUUGUUUGUUUUUUUUUAAUAAACUGAAUUCUAGCAAGUGUUACCAGGGGUGCUUUUGGAAAAUGGCUGAGGCAUAUAGCACUUCUUUGGGUAGGAGAUUCUUGGAAUGGCAGCCUCUGUUGCUGAGGACAAAGGGUGUGUACAUCCCACCAAAGCUCAGGUCGCUGAAGAAGUAACAAGUCCCAAGAUGGGCUCGGCUGACAUAAC